GAAAAUCACUUCUCUGGAAAUCUUUCUAUGCAUCUCUGUUACUUGGAGCACAUCAAAUGGAAUUCCAACGUGCAUCAAGAAUUUCACUGCAAUAUCCAAAAGGAGGAUUAACAUAACUGAAACCAGAAGUCGUAUAUAUACGUAUAGUAUUAGUUAUUAUUAUGGAUUUGGAAAUGGACUUACUCUUGGUCAGUACAUUGUUAACAUAACUUUAAUGUGGAAAGGUGUGGAAAACUGGUUCAAGGAUCCAGAGUUUAGUCUUAAGGCCAUUGAUCUCUCUGGUAAUCAUUUAACCGGUGAAAUCCCAAAAGAGAUUGGAUAUUUGGUCGGAUUAAAUGAACUGAAUUUAUCAAGAAACAAUCUAAAAGGAGAGAUUCCUUCACAAAUUGGAAAUCUAACUUCUCUGGAUUCCCUUGACCUAUCAAUAAAUGAUUUGUGUGGUAGAAUUCCUUCAAAUUUGUCCCAAAUUGAUGGGAUUGGUGUGUUAGACUUGUCAUACAACAAUCUUUCUGGAAGAAUCCCAUCAGGAGGACACAUGGAUACCUUUGGAGGCUCUUUCUUUGAAGGAAAUCCUAAUCUGUGUGGUGAGCAACUCAACAAAACUUGUCCAGAAGACAUGACACCAACAAAGCCACAUGAUGAUGCAGAUGACAAUUCAGAUUUUUAUGAAGCAUUAUACAUGAGCUUGGGUUUUGGAUUUUUCAUUGGCUUUUGGGGCCUUUUAGGCCCAUUAUUGUUUUGGAGGUCUUGGAGAAUUGCUUAUCUCAGAUUCUUGAACCAAGUAGCAGACUACAUAUUUAAUGGUGGCAUUGAAUAUGCGUAGGUUCCACAAUUGACUUGAAGAUUAGCAGAUGCGCUCCUCACUUCUAAUCUGGGAUGGAUGCUAGUACCAAGAUGCAUGCAGUGGGUUGGAGUUGUUGGAUUAUAUAUUCAAUAAGAUUUUGAGUUUCUAAAAUCUAUUACUUUUUGUCGUCAAACUUAGUUUAUGGUUAUGGUAUUUUAUAUUUCUAGUAAUCAGAAUAAUGUAAUGUAAUGUAAUCCAGUGAUGUAAGUACCUCUUCAUCGUUGUAAGUUGUUUUCAGAAUAAUCUAUAUAUUACUCUUCAAAUAUCUUUACAUGAUAGAUGAGGUUGUAAUAACUCAAUUUGAAUUUA